CGGAAGAGUCUGAAAAGUUCAAUGAAAACGAUUAUAGAAAAUUGAUUGGAAUCGACAUUGCCAAAACACAAAUUCAGCGGUUAUGGCUUAAGUCAUUUCGUUUGGCAUUACCAAAAUUGCAAACAAUAAUUCAAGAUCAUCUCCAAAAUUCUACUUUAAAGUAUGAUGCAGCUGUUCGAAAACUGACACAACAAGAUCCAAACACUGUUCGUGACUGUUAUCGUAAAUAUAUUGAUGAUUUUCGUAGAACAUUACAGAUAUAUAUUGCACAGAAAGGCGAAAUAUUUACUGCAUUUCCUGUUGAUAAGUCUGCUAUAACAUAUCAUCAGUUAGAAAGUGAAUAUAAUAAUAACUGGAAACGACGUUAUCAACUGGAUUGGCGUGCACAUUUAACCUACGAACAGAUGGAAAAGAAACUGAGAAGUAAAAUGCAAACAGAUCAAGAACACAACGGUCUUCUGAUCACACUGAAUUCAAAACUAAACGGUUCACGUCAUUUUGAACGUCUAAGAAGAAUUUUUUCUUACAUGAUACUAUCGUUCAAACCAGAACGACCAAGUGAUGAUUUAAUUGAGACCGCCGAAGCACAUAUCUACGGUGGACUGAGUGAUUACGAAAAUUUGCCUAAAGCGGUACGUGAAAUUGUACUUAAAUUGAUUAAUGAAACAUUCCUCCUAGGUAUCUGUUGGCUCACACAAAUGUUUGCAUUUAUCGCAGAUAUGUUUGCUAAAAAUGUUAAGAAACAUCUCCUGUGUAACAAACAUGGUCAGUUGAAAGGUCAUUACAAAUUUUUGUAUGCUGUUGAUUUUGAAUAUCAUGAAAUCAUUCGUACACUGAUGAGAGAUGCAAUUUGUUUCAUUAAACAAGCUCGUAAUUGCUACACAUCGUACAUUACGCAUGAUCUGACGUUACGGCUGAAGAAAUUAACUUUCUCGAUACCACCUGAAAUCAGUCACGAAACUUAUCAGCAGAAAAUCGAAGGUUUACACGUUGUUUCGAAGACAAAAGUGACUGACGAUUCGUCAUCAGCGUCAGUAUCCUCAUUAAAAUCAACUAUGAACGCAGUUUCAACAACGGCAAAUUUGGUAGCAAGCGUAGCACCAUCACCGCUGACAGCAGGUGCAGCAGCUACGGUGACGGCACUUGCAUAUAACGCAGCUACAAUCGCUGACGUCUACCGACUAAUACCAAAACAAGAUAUUUUAAAAGCAAUAUUCGGUUCUGAAUCCUAUCUAACAAACAAUCGUGAUCCUCAAACUGGCAAUCAUUAUGAAAAUGGCCGUAACACAAUAACUGAAAUCUAUACGGCAGUCUGUGGACAACUUUUGUAUAGUAUAGAAACAUCAUUUAAUACCCACGUUUGUAUGAAGCUGGAUGAAUUUCAUACACUCAAACCAACGUCAAAACUGUCCUUACGUGAUCGAAUUCUACUGAUGUCUGAUGCUCAGAUCAUUGAAAUGUCAAAUUUGCAACUUGAUGACGUCCAAAAAGAAAUUGAUGAUAGUUGGAAAGAAACUAAUGAUUUGCACGACGCAUUAGAUUUAAUUAAAAUUGCAGUACGUCAGAUAGCUAAUAAUCCAACAUCGGACGCGACUACUGCUCGUACAGCGCUCACAACAACACCAGUCAAACAAGAAGAACUCAGUGAACGAAAACGUAAAGUAAGAACUAAAAUGGCACAAGAACACCAGAAAGAAGUUAACAACCUGAGUCGACGAUUACCACUGCGAACAACAACAACAAUAACAGAUCAUAGAGACACAAAUGAGAAGUUCAGCGAUAGUCAUGUUGAGAAUGCUAGGUUUGCGAACGAAACUGAACAUCAAUUAUUCUUAUCGACAGAUAAGAUAUCAGCAUGCGAACUAUUACUAAAAGUUCUUAGAGAACACGAUCGUGAAGAUUUGGAAUAUGGACUUUUUGAAGAUGAAUCUUUGGAACAAGAUAAAUCUAAUCCUAAAGUACAACAACACAUAUAUGUGGAUGCUAAUCAACUAGAUGAAGAAGAUGAAGACCUCCAAUUUGAAAGUGCUCAUCUCAAUGUACACAAUCAUUACAGUCGCCCUCCUGUCGCCACCUCCACCAUCAAUUCUACGACUACUGCCAAUGGCAGCAGAAGCCAGUUUAACUACGCUAACGCUGAAAGUUCACCAAAUGAUACAGAUUACAGUGAGCUAGAAUAA